AUGAUCCCCAUCGGUUUGAAGGCCACCCGUCCCGUGGACUUUCGUACGCCAUUCGCCCAGUUCGUUGAAUCUCACUAUCAUCAGGAUGCCGCUAACUUCGAGGAGGCCUUCCGUCAGCUGAAUUCUAGUCGAGAGGAGUUCGAGCAGCUUUUUGUGAAGCUUGCGUCAACAGGUGCACGUGCGCCGGGGACCUUGUUUACAGCUGUAGUUCCCGGGCUCUACCUUAAUUACCUUGCUCUGGAUCGUGAGUAUCGAUAUGACUGCUCGAUGGGUUGGAGGCGUGAUGUGGAUAUCAGGGCACAUGGCUUGUAG